CCGGGGCCGGAGACGGGCGGGGAGCAGUCAGAGGAUCGCAGGGGAUCGUCGAGGAUCGCUGAGGAUCGCUGAGGAUGGGGGUCACCUUCAAGGUGUUCAAGAAGUGGUCGCCGAACGGCAAGGUGACGCUCUAUCUGGGGCGGAGGGACUUCGUGGAUCAUAUCUCCUCUGUCGAUCCCGUCGAUGGCGUGGUCCUGCUCGACUCCGAGCUGCUCCGCGGCCACACUAAGGUCUGGGCCCAGCUGCUCUGCUCCUUCCGCUACGGGCGCGAGGAGGAGGAGGUGAUGGGCCUCACCUUCCAGAAGGACCUGUUCCUCGCCAGCGAGCAGGUCUUCCCCCCGGCCAAGCGGGACGUCUCCCUCACCAAGUUACAGGAGCGCCUGAUCACGAAGCUGGGUAGCGGAGCGUACCCGUUCACGUUCACGAUCUCGCAGCACGCCCCCAACAGCGUCAGCAUCCAGUCGGGCGGGGUCGACGACGAGAAGAACCCGCUGGGCGUGGAGUUCCUGGUGCGCGUGUUCGCCGGGGACUCGUCCGAGGUCAAGCCGGGUAACAGGAGCCUGGUGGAGCUCGGGAUCCGGAAGGUGCAGUACGCCCCAUCGAAGCAGGGCAAGCAGCCGGUCACGCUCGUCCGGAAGGACUUCCUCCUCAGCCCGGGGGAGCUGGAGCUGGAGGCUUCCCUCGACAAGCAGCUUUACUACCACGGCGAGCAGAUCGGGAUCAACAUCGGGGUCCGGAACUACAGCAACAAGGAGGUGAAGAAGAUGAAGGCGAGCGUGCAGCAGUGCGUGGACAUCACCAUGUUCAACACAGGGCAGUACCGGACCACAGUCGCUUCUGUUGAGACCGAGGAAGGCUGCCCGAUCGGCCCCGGCUCUGCCCUGCAGAAAGUGGUGGCCGUGAAGCCGUCCAUCGAGAUGAACCGGGGGCGGCGCGGCGUGGCGCUCGACGGGAAACUCAAGCAUCAGGAUCCCAGCCUCGCUUCGUCUUCGCUACUGGCGGAGAUGGACCUCCGGGAAUCCUUCGGCGUGAUCAUCUCCUACGUGGCCAAGGUGAAGCUGUACCUCGGGGCCCUGGGCGGGGAGCUCACGGCCGAGCUGCCCUUCGUCCUCAUGCAUCCCAAGCCGGAGAAGGAGAAGCUGAUCCGCGAGGACUCGCAGGCCCAGGUCGAGAUGUUCCGGCAGGACACGGUGGACGGGGACGCACCGCCCAGCGGCGGCAGGAGGCUCCUCAAGGACAUGCAGAAGCUCAGCCUCCAGCAUUGAGGAUGGGCUUCGUCGAGAAGUCUUCUCCGAAGAAUUUCCAAUGCUGAAUGGAAGCAGGGGGAAAGGGGAUGUGUAUAUUUCCCGUUUUGGACUCUUCGUUUUCGUUUUCCGAUUUCUUGAUCCCCAUGGAAUUGUAAAAAUUUGAUUGGAUUUCAUCAAAAAAUAUUCUGGUGCGUCAGAGGCCAUACAGUCCAAAUUUAAUUUCGCAUCGUUCGGCACUUUUCUGCCUUGCAUUGGAUGGAGAAUAAUUAUGGAAAGUGUUUCUUAAUUGGAUUCAUUUUACAUUCGCAAUGUAAAGGAGUUGUGUAAAUCAUAUUGAUUGGUGUGGUUCAUCGGCGAAGGAGAAUUAUUUUCUAAAUCGUGAUUUUAGACGUUAAGAAAGCAGUGAUGCGUUCAAAAUGUCCCACUUUGCCUAUCUCAAUUGGAAGAAUGUGAAUCAGCAUGAAAAGUGUCAAGUCAAUCAACGAACACAUUAUUAUUAUUAUUAUAAAUAUUGCAUGUGAUAUGGGAGUUAGGGGGAUAAAAAAAAAUCAGAAUUGCAAAACGCUCACGUCCCGGAUUCACGGGUGAGCGAUCGAGUGAUUCAUUCGGUAAAAUGGUGUGAUUUUUUGAUGAGGCAGCUUCCUCACGUCCUUUCCAUAACAUUUAUAUUGGAUUUCUCACCUCACAAAGUGCUUCGUUCUCAUGUUUCACUCUCUGCACCGAAAUGAAACUCAGCAAUGUGCACCCUAUAGAAUUUUUCUGCAUCGAUUGGUGUCGUGUCACUUCAGUAUUCGUGCCUGAAAUAAUCAUCCAAUUUAUUGGUAGCAAGAUUGAGAAGCCCUGAGUGGUGGAAAUAUAUCGAUUAUUGUUUGGGUGAUAAAGUUGCUAUUCAAUC